AUGCCUCAGCUCAUCGAACAGUACACGCCGCUCCCGACCACCCUGGGAUGCAGCCCGAAGCUGAAGACGCUGCCGAAGAACCUGUACAACCACCUGCGUGGCUUCCCGGUCGUCAAUGGUGAGGUGUCGCUGCUCUCGGACAAGGUGCGCCGUUUCGUGGAGGAAUCGGCCGCCAUGUGCCAGCCGGAACGGAUCCACAUCGUGGAUGGCAGUGAGAGUGAAUGCAGCACGCUGCUGAAGACCCUGCACAGCCAGGGCACGAUCAAGCCGCUGCCGAAGUACGACAACUGCUGGCUGGCCCGGACCAACCCGGCCGAUGUGGCCCGUGUCGAAUCGAAGACGUUCAUCUGUACGGAGCGCCAGGAGCAGGCGAUCCCAACGCCGAAACAGGGCGUCAACGGUAGUCUGGGCAACUGGAUCUCGCCCGCUGACUACGAGCGUGCGGUCAUGAACCGUUUCCCGGGCUGCAUGAAGGGACGCACGAUGUUCGUGGUGCCCUUCUCGAUGGGUCCGAUCUCGUCACCGCUGUCCAAGAUUGGAAUCGAAAUCACCGAUUCGGCGUACGUCGUUUGCUCGAUGCGCAUCAUGACCCGCAUGGGUUCGGAGGUGCUGGACAAGCUGUCUGACAACUCGGAUUUCAUCCGGUGUUUGCAUUCGGUUGGUACGCCCGCCAGCGGUAAGACCGCAGUGCCAUCGUGGCCGUGCGAUCCCGAACGUACCAUCAUUCUGCACAAACCCGCCAACAACGAGAUCGUCUCGUACGGUUCCGGUUACGGUGGCAACUCGCUGCUCGGCAAGAAGUGCUUCGCUCUUCGCAUCGGUAGCACCAUCGCCCAGCGGGAAGGAUGGCUGGCGGAGCAUAUGCUGAUCCUUGGCAUCACCGAUCCGAACGGUGUGAAGAAAUACAUUGCGGCCGCGUUCCCGUCCGCCUGUGGCAAAACGAAUCUCGCCAUGAUGAACCCGACCCUGCCCGGCUAUAAAAUCGAGUGCGUCGGUGAUGACAUCGCCUGGAUGAAGUUUGACUCCAAGGGUCAGCUGCGGGCAAUCAAUCCGGAGAACGGAUUCUUCGGCGUUGCCCCCGGUACCUCGAACGAAACGAACCCCAACGCCAUGGACACGAUCUACAAGAACACAAUCUUCACGAAUGUCGCUUCCACGUCCGAUGGUGGCGUCUUCUGGGAAGGUAUGGAGAAGGAAGUGUCACCGGACGUCGAGAUCACCGACUGGUUGGGCAAUCCCUGGAAGCUGGGUGAAUCGAAAACCCCGGCCGCGCAUCCCAACUCCCGCUUCUGUGCUCCUGCCGGCCAGUGUCCGAUCAUCGAUCCGGCAUGGGAAGAUUCGGAGGGUGUCCCGAUCUCGGCCAUCCUUUUCGGUGGACGUCGCCCGCAGGGAGUUCCGCUGGUGUAUGAGGCCAACUCGUGGGCGCACGGUGUCUUCGUCGGCUCGUCUAUGCGCAGCGAAAGCACGGCGGCCGCUGAACACAAGGCCAAGGUCAUCAUGAACGAUCCGUUCGCGAUGCGCCCAUUCUUCGGCUACAACUUUGGAGACUACCUGAAACAUUGGCUGAGCAUGGAGAAGCGUGCCAGCGCUGCCGGAGGUCAUGCACCAAAGAUUUUCCACGUCAACUGGUUCCGCAAGGAUGCCAACGGCAAGUUCCUGUGGCCCGGAUUCGGCGAGAACAGCCGUGUGCUCGAAUGGAUCCUUCACCGUAUUGACGAUGCCGACUGCUAUCGGGAUACACCGAUCGGUCGUGUGCCGACGGAAGGCUCGCUCAACCUGGAUGGACUCGGCAGUCCGAUCAACGAGCGGGAACUGUUCUCCAUUCCGAAGGACUUCUGGCUGAAGGAAGUCGAAGAGGUUAAGCAGUACUACGACAACCAGCUACCUCAGGACCUACCGGCGGAGAUCGCCACCGAGCUGGAGCAGCUGAAGAGUCGCAUUGAGAAGAUGUAA